GCAGCAGCAGCAGCAGCAGCAGCAGCAGCAGAGGAGGAGGCCCAGCAGCAGCAGCAGCAGCAGGACUCAGUCGUGGCGCUGCCCUCGGAAGCCAGCACUGAGCCGACCCCGGUGCUGUGCGACAGCCUGCUGGAGAGCAUCCAGGCCGAUCUGGACGGCCUGCGCGGCCUGAUGGGCAGCCCCAACUGGCCCAUCGACACCAUCUCCAUGCAGAACAUUCUGAUGGAUCAGGACCAGGCCCUGAGCGCCGGUGGCAGCGGCGCUAGCGGCGGCAGUGGGGGCGCCGAGGCGGACCAGCAAAUGGUCUCCUACAACCCGUCCCUGCUGGACUUGUUCAACAACGAGACGGACGACCAGCUGUUCCCGGAUUUGUGCGGCCUGGAGGAAGACGAGGAGCUGGCGCCGGUGCUGGCGCCGGCCACCGCCACCGCCACCGCCACCACCGCCGGCUCGGCCACUGUCACCGCAACGGCGCCGGCCAACAGCAGCCUCAACACGCCCACAGUGGAGAUGAAGGCGCCGCGCUUCCCGGCGGCGUCGUCGGCCGCCACUUCUGUGGUCUGCGUCUGA